AUGAAUAAAGACCUGAAACAUUUUAAGUCGAUAGAAUUUGCGGGAAACUACCAUGCUGUCCAGAGUCUGACACUGACGAAUAUGGUGGACCUUCGAACUGUCGUCCUUCUCUUAACGGUGAUUGCGUACGUCACAGGCUCCAUAUUUGGGUUCGCCUACGAUUUCCUGAUUCCAUUUGGUCUUUUCGAUAGCUUAGCUGGAAGGCGCCCUCAUCGAUACGGGCGAUAUGGGAGACGCAAUGUUUACUUUCCCGGAAGGCAUCCUCCUUACGGACGACGAACACGACCAUUCCAUCGAAGGCCUCACGGCUACUUUCAUCACCGUCCUCCCCCAUACUGGAAAAGCGAAAAUGAAGACAGUGGUCCUGGUCUUUCUCUUCGUUAUCGUUGUCAGCAUUUCCGCACAACUUUGGGGAUUCCCCGGAAAUAUUCAUUACCAUCAUCACCACCACGCUCAAAAUCCACAAUAUCUUCAGCAGCUCCAAAACAACUUCGGGCUAUUGGACAAUCUCCUCUUGCCGCUUAUGCACAUUUGAGACAUAAGGAGGGUUUUCGUUUGAUAAAGAUUGCCAAGCAGAAAGUCUAUCAGAAGGAUCGUCUGUAUCGUCUAUACACCAGCUCUUCAGUCGGAGAGAAUUUAUCGCAGCCUCCCUACAGCAAAGACAAAGCAGCUGCGGAUGUAGAAUUAGGAAAAUACGGUGUUGGACAAGAAAAUAUGCUUACGAUGAAACUUUUUGAACGUCCAAGAAAGAUUGGACACUGCACUCAGGUGCUCGGCCGUUGCGAGAUUUAUCGUAGUAUAGUGAAGUAG